AUGACCUCGGAUUCGACUCUGCAAUAUCGCCCGACCGAAGCUCUCAUCCUCCCCACCAAGCGACGUUUCUUUCCGUUCAAGAUCCCCAAUUUCCACGUCCAGCUUCGUAACUACAUCAGCACUGCUGAUCCCGAUCGCAUCUAUGUCGUCGUCGAGAGGAUCGUAUACGCUAUCCACCUGUCCGCGCAAACACGUGCCAGUAUAGCGUUGAUCCCGUUCGAGCCGCGCUGUCUUGCUGCUGGACAUGGGUGGAUCGCGGUUGGGGGCCCGGAGAAUGGGGAAUGCGCUUUCAUUCGAAUCGGGGACCGAGGUAUGCAGACACAUGGAGAUGCGCCCUCAUUCCAGACCGAUGUGGACAGUGCGCUACCGCUGGACCUCGACCCACUGUCAAGAGUGACAUCACCCGACUCGAAUGGUGACUCCUUACCGACUCGCUACCGGACCAGCUUGGCGGAUGAAGAUGUCGCGGUGCUGAGUAACAAUGACCGGACAGUCACUGUAUACUCACUCACAAGGGCGAAAGUCCUCAAGGCACUUCAUCACCCGAACUGCAUGAAUUAUGCGACAAUUUCUCCAGACGCCAAACUGCUCACAGCGGUAGGAGACGAGAACCGAGCCUAUUUCUAUGAGAUCACCCGAGAUUUUGAAUCUAUCGGUACGACUGAAGCUGGGGAGAAACUCACAGGAUGGGAGUGGGAGCUGAUCAAUUGUGUGGAGAUGGACAUUGGUUUGCGCGCUGAUGAUGCGUGCUGUUUCACCGUCGCCUUUUCACCUUCCACUCGAUUAUGCGCCAUAGGCUCACAGUCUGGAAUCAUCACGAUCAUUAAUGUUGCAUCCGUUUACAAAACCAAUAACGAAACAGACACCUCGAUUCUCUGUCAGUUUCCGGCAUCAAGAUCCUAUGCCGAAGGCGGAGCCGUGCGCUGUAUGGCCUUUUCACCCGAACCAUGGGACCUCCUGGUAUGGUUGGAGGGCCGUGGAAGAGCUGGAAUUGCCGAUGUUCGCCAGAAUUUCCUGCGUCGACAGAUCAUUCGGCUGGAUUCCAACGACCAGCCAAUGGAGGAGGUAUACACAGACUUUGCGACAGAAAGUCCCGAACGACAACGACAGGACGAAGGCCUUCCAGCGGGCGCAGUGCAAGCGAGAGUUGACGAUGGUUCUUCGCCCAGACGAAACGGGGAGGAUACAGACCGUUCUUCGAUGCGAGAAUCUUUGAUUCACGAGCUCAGCGAGAGAGAACGGCUGAUCAUGGAAUUCUUGAACACGGCACGUUGGACACCGAGGUUGGAGGAGGGAACUACUGAGCGGCCAGAACGAUCAAUUAGGGCAAAUAUUCACACUGACCCAGUGGGCCGUCCCCGAAAUCACGGUUCCACAAAUGGUGCCACUCGUACUCACCGUCCUACUUCACCCCUGCAUCACUACGAUUCUUCAGAUGUUUCCCGGGAUCUUCAUCCGGGCCGUGCUGUAUCCAAUCCAAGACGCCAGGGCUCGGCGAUCUUGUCUCAAGGAAAUUCAUCUGAAGGAACAUCUUCUCACCAUGAUCACCCAUCGAGUAUCACUCUCAGCUUUUCGACUUCACCCUCGGAGCAUCUCAAUCUUACAUCAGAAAUUAUAGCUCGGGCCGGUGCUGGUCUCGAUGCGCCCGACGAUGACAGUCGACAUGCAACGGACCCAAAUAACACAAGUCUUGGUGUCAACGGCGCACACCGGCGCUCCCUGCGAGCAGCAGAGCUUUCUCGCAGAGUUGAGCGCCUGUCGUCAGGAGCAGAGAGAGGAUAUGAUACUUCACGUCUGACUACGUAUGAGAUACGCGCAAAUGUGGCCGCUGAGCGGCUCCGGCGCCAGCGUCAGAUUGCCAACGAGGUACACAAUCGCUCCUUUGAGAGGGAACAACGGCAUCGCCAACAAUUACUUGGUUUUGAACAGACACACUCUCCUCGUUGGAUCAGGAAUAUAAUCAAUGAUCUCCCCGAUCGAGGUUCCAUGCAUGGCUCCGGUGCCGAAGAACCAGACUCUACUGCUGGAGUGGGCUGGGGCGCUGAUGGCCGAACAUUGUACAUUGCCACUCUGGAGGGAAUCUUUGAGUUCCAGCUUAAUAUUCACGACCGGAAGACUUUCCCCGUUUUCUCUUGUCGAUAA